AUGUCCGGAUUUCCCACGCACCAACAAGCACAAGCUCAAACUGCAUCGUUUACCUCCGCGCGAUUGCUUAACGGGAAACUGGGUGCGGAAGUGGUGCAAAUUGGAGCUUCAAUUUACCAACUAGCGGAUCGUCUGGCCUACAGAGCAAUCAACAGCGCACAAUGGGAACCAUGGGAAGCUUUGCACAAAGUCUUGGAGGAUCACAAUCUGCAGCACCACUUGAUCUGUCGUAAGUGCUCACUUGCCUUGGUUUGCGGUGGUCUCCUAUCACUCUGGAUCCUCGAGUUUGUCUCCGAACUGACAUGGUCGGGUGAUAUUAGGGAGUUUCCUUCGCUAUCAGGCGCAUCACAGCAAUCACAGUCACAGACCCCCGGUCAGCUAAUGUGGGCCAACGCAAGUCAACGCGCUGCUCAGCAAACACCUGUCCAAAGACAACAGCACCCUCCGUCGUCGCAAGCUCCCUCUCGUCCCUCGCAACCUCAAGGGCUCCCUACGCCUCAACAAUCGCAGACAGCACACGAUGAUAUGUUUCCAUCCGGUUCACAAUUUGCCAAUCGACUCGACGAUUUUAGAAAUGGUGGGCAGGGCAUCAGUAGCCAACUUGGUGCUGGUGGCCAACCUCAGACCGGCAAUAUUGAGGAAUUCCCCCCUUUGGGUCGGAAUGCUGCCGCUGAGCUCCCCCUCGGUCGAACUGGCUCAUUGAUGCAGGGUGCAGGAUUUGGAGGAUAUGGAUCUGGUAUAGGGACAUCAGGAUCACUAGGCAGCCAGGUGCCCAAUGGAAUUUUGGGACAAGAGAAAGAGGGUUUGAACAAUGGCGUACUGCCAGGUCAACGUAACUUCAGUGACCCACAACAGCUACAGCAGCGACUGCCAGAAAGCGCCGAGAGCCAGGAUGUAUCCAAUGCACCCCAAAGUACCGAACAACCGCCUCUCGCACAAAUGAGUGAACUUGACCGUUUUGGGUUAGCGGGUUUAUUGCGCAUGAUUCACAGCGAGAGUCCCGAUGUUGCAAGUCUCGCCGUUGGCCAAGACCUGAUGACCUUAGGAUUGGAUUUGAAUCAGGCCGAGUAUGGGUCACUUCAUUUUGUCAUCAACUACCCAUGGCUAACGCGCUUUUCAUGCAGACCUUUGCACACAUCAUUCGCUUCACCGUUCGUGUCAUCGAUGUCAGCAGUUCCUUUGGAACAGGAUUUCUCUUUGCCGGCUUGUUACAACGUCGCCAAUAUUCAGCCUCUCCAGUCUCGUAUUCCGGGCUUCAGUGACGAGACGCUGUUCUUUAUAUUCUACAGCAUGCCUCGAGAUAUCAUGCAAGAAUUAGUGGCUGAGGAAUUGAUGGGUCGUAAAUGGCGCUAUCACAAACUCGAACGUUGCUGGUUGACUCGCGAUGAGACAUAUCCUGGACCGGUUGAUGUUGAGCGCGGUGUGACGGAGCGUGGCGUAUAUCUUUUGUGGGAUCCUUCCAGCUGGAAGAAAGUCCGACGUGAGUUCAUCCUUCGAUAUGAAGAUUUGGACAACAGGUUGGACCCUAGCCGAAACGCGGCCCGCGCCCCUGGUGCGGCGCAUCAUGCCUCAUGA